UCCAGCGGAGUAAGUCAAACAAGCCAAAUUCCAAAAUGAAAUUCUUCAUUGUGAUCCUUGCAGUCGUUGCAUUGACAUACGCUGAAGAUGAAUGGAUGCCGAAAAAUGUUGCAGAGCUUGAAGUUAUCGUCCAGGAAUGCCUCAAGGAUUUUCCACUUACCAAGGACCAACUGCAAACAUUUUCGAGCUUCGAAUAUCCCGAUGAAGAGCCGAUUCGCAAGUACAUGCUUUGUACCGCUAAGAGAGUGGGUUUCUUCACCGAACAUGAGGGCUAUCAUAUCGAUCGUGUUGCCAAACAAUGCAAUGUGGAUUUGGAUGAAGCUGAGAUCGUUGCCGUCGCUGAGGGUUGCGUGGACAAGAACGUUGAGGGUAGCAGCGCUGAUGUAUGGGCCUAUCGUAUUCACAAGUGUGUGAUGGCCAGCAAACUCGGUGAACGUGUGAAAACUUACAUUCAAAAUUUCAAGGAAGAAGCCAAUAAACUUUAAAUUACUAGAACUGCCCUUCGUUGAACAAUAAAGUAUAUUUUAUUAAGUAUUAUAA